AUGGAUACCAAACCAUCUAUUGAAAGAAUGGAUACCAAACCAUCUAUUGAAGGAAUGGAUACCAAACCAUCUAUUGAAGGAAUGGAUACCAAACCAUCUAUUGAAAGAAUGGAUACCAAACCAUCUAUUGAAAGAAUGGAUACCAAACCAUCUAUUGAAAGAAUGGAUACCAAACCAUCUAUUGAAAGAAUGGAUACCAAACCAUCUAUUGAAAGAAUGGAUACCAAACAAUCUAUAGAAAGAAUGGAUACCAAACCAUCUAUUGAAAGAAUGGAUACCAAACAAUCUAUAGAAAGAAUGGAUACCAAACCAUCUAUUGAAGGAAUGGAUACCAAACAAUCUAUAGAAAGAAUGGAUACCAAACCAUCUAUUGAAAGAAUGGAUACCAAACCAUCUAUUGAAAGAAUGGAUACCAAACCAUCUAUUGAAAGAAUGGAUACCAAACCAUCUAUUGAAAGAAUGGAUACCAAACAAUCUAUAGAAAGAAUGGAUACCAAACAAUCUAUAGAAAGAAUGGAUACCAAACCAUCUAUUGAAAGAAUGGAUACCAAACCAUCUAUUGAAGGAAUGGAUACCAAACCAUCUAUUGAAGGAAUGGAUACCAAACCAUCUAUUGAAAGAAUGGAUACCAAACCAUCUAUUGAAAGAAUGGAUACUAAACCAUCUAUUGAAAGAAUGGAUACCAAACCAUCUAUUGAAAGAAUGGAUACCAAACCAUCUAUUGAAAGAAUGGAUACCAAACCAUCUAUUGAAAGAAUGGAUACCAAACCAUCUAUUGAAAGAAUGGAUACCAAACCAUCUAUUGAAAGAAUGGAUACCAAACCAUCUAUUGAAAGAAUGGAUACCAAACCAUCUAUUGAAGAUUUAAAAGAUAGCUCUCGGUUUUAUUUCUCUAAUCGUCAAUCUAAAAGCAUAUAA